AUGCUCAAUAACAGGCAGUGGGUAUUCCAACAAGAUUCGGCGCCAGCUCAUAGAGCGAAGAGCACACAAGACUGGCUGGCGGCGCGUGAAAUCGACUUCAUCCGGCACGAAGACUGGCCCUCCUCCAGUCCAGAUUUGAAUCCGUUAGAUUACAAGAUAUGGCAACACUUGGAGGAAAAAGCGGGCUCAAAUCCUCAUCCCAAUUUGGAGUCACUCAAGACAUCCUUGAUUAAGGCAGCCGCCGAUAUUGACAUGGACCUCGUUCGUGCUGCGAUAGACGACUAG